CCGAGGCUGUGCGAGUGACGUUGGGCGACGCUGGGUUGGUGGCGUAGCCAGCCGUCCUUCGUCUCGUCCUCCCGCCUGGCGGUGUCCUGGUCCGCGCUGGCCCCGCGGCCAUUUUGGGCUUCGCUUCCACCCGCGUCCUCUUGCCCAGCCCUUCCGGGGUCGCGCUGCCGAGGGGCUUCUUAACGGUCCGUCCCUUUUGGAUAGUCGCUGCCGUCGCCGCGGGAGGGCUCUGUCUAUGGUGGAGCGUCCUCGGGCGGACUAGGACACCUUCUUCCCGCCAGGAUGAAUGUCGUCUCGGCCGCGGCGUCCUGUGCCUGCCGUUCCGGACUGUGGUCUGCCGCCCGCGGUCGAAGCCGCUUCCCGCUGCGGUUCUGCUGGCCCGGGGAUCGCCCUGGGGCUCCGACGCCGGCGCGCGGCAAGGCCAAGACUGUGUAGGCCUCUCCGAAUCCCGUCCGACCUGCAGCCCUGAGACUGCCGAGAACGAGGAGAUGGAGCCGGCAGCAGACGGAUCGCGGCCACGGCCAGCGUCUCGGCCGGGCUCCCGGAUCCGGCUGCCCUUCUUCCCUCGGCGCCCGCAACCCGGUACUUCCAAGUUGCCCACGCCUCCUGCCCCGGAACACUCCGGGGACCCCAGACUGGCUACUUCUCCCCAGCCCCAGCCUCGGUCCAGCUACUGGAUGAAGCUGCUUUCCCAAUUCCUCUCGCCGCUCCCCAGCAUGCUUCAGAAGGUGCUGGUUUGGAGCCAGCUUUUCGGAGGGAUGGUUCCGACCAGAUGGCUAGAUUUUGCCGGAGGGUACAGCGCCCUGAGAGCCCUGAAGGCUCGGGAGGACCCAGCCGCACCCCCCGUCCAGAAGUCUGUGAGCUCGCUGAGGCUCGACCCCUCGGACGACUCUGGUGCCGGUACCCUCGAUUGGCUGGAGGAGGGGAUCCACUGGCAGUGCCCGUCUUUAGGUCUAGGAUUGGACCUCACAUCUAAGGCUAGAGCCCAGGACCCUGCAGCACACGCUUUUCUGUUAGAGCAGCAGCUGUGGGGAGUGAAGCUGCUGCCCGGUGGCCUUCAAGGCCGUCUUUGCUCUGACCGGGAACUUGGCCCUUUGCCCUCCGGGCCUCCAAACGGGAAGUCUUUGAGCAGUUUGAGCGUGGUCUGUGUGUUGCACCCCUCCUAUCUGGACCGCCUGCCCCAGGUGGGGCUCGGCUAUCAGAACAGCGUGGGAAGUGGCGAGCUAGUUGAUUUCCAGAACCUCAGCCCCGAGAGCAGCUGUCCGACUGAAGCCCAUGACCCUCCCCAGCCACUGAAGGCAGAGAUCACUUGCGCCUCUUGGCAGGGAUGUCCGCCCCUUUCUAGAGAGGGCAUGCCCGAAAUCCACCAUCUGCGCACGAAGCGGCUGGAAUUCCUUCAGCAGGCCAGCAAGGGGCAAGCGUUACCCACCCCGGACCAAGAUCAUGGCUACCACAGCCUGGAGGAGGAGCACAGCUUGGUCCGGAUGGAUCUGACGCCAGGCGGAGACAGUCCGACACAGGGUGUUCCUUCCGCUGGAGAUUUUUCCGGAACCGCCCAGGAACCGGGAGCCGAGGGGCAAAUCGCAUCGUUGACUCCAGAGGUUCCGCUUGCUGUGGAGGAACCCGGCCCUUCAGAAGGCUGUCCAUCUCGCGAGGUACCUGUGGAGAAGGAGCCUGGAGAGGACCAAAUAAGUGUAGUUGACUCCUCAGACCUAGAGGGUGACGUUCCCUUUUCCACCAGACCAGUCUGUAGCAACAGACUGAUCGAUUUCAUUUUAGGAGGUGCACCCAGUGACUCGGAAACAAGUUCAGAUUCGGAAGAUGAAGGUUGGGAUGAGGAGGCUGAGGAUGAUGGUUUUGAUAGCGAUAGCUCAUUCUCAGAAUCAGACCUUGAACAAGACUCUGAAGGGCUUCACCUUUGGAACUCUUUCUAUAGUGUCGAUCCUUAUAAUCCCCAGAACUUUACCGCAGCAAUUCAGACAGCUGCCAGGCAUGUUCCCGGAGACCCUUCCGACUCUGAGAAGGAUUUGUCUGACAAAUCUGAUCUAGAGAAUUCUCCUCAAGGUGGAAGCCUUCCCGAGUCUCCUGACCAGAAUUCUGAGGAGGAAGAGGACUGGGAAUCUAGUGCAGACGAAGCAGAGAAUCUCAAACUGUGGAAUUCUUUCUGUAAUUCCGAUGACCCCUACAACCUUUUAAAUUUUAAGGCUCCUUUUCAAACAUCAGGGAAAAUUUGGAAAGGCUGUUGUGACCCAGAGAGACCGUCUGAGCUCACUGCAGCCAUUUCGGAGUGUCACACCUUACUUUCUUGUGAGGUGCACCUGUUAGGGUGCCGAGACACUGAAGGUGCAGACUUGUUACAGGGUGGGGUUCUUUCUGGACAAAGACACACACAUGUCAAGAGGAAAAAGGUAACCUUCCUUGAAGAAGUUACUGAGUAUUAUAUAAGUGGUGAUGAGGACCGCAAAGGACCCUGGGAAGAAUUUGCACGGGAUGGGUGCAGGUUCCAGAAACGAAUUCAAGAAACAGAAGAUGCUAUUGGAUAUUGCUUGACAGUUGAGCACAGAGAAAGAAUGUUUAAUAGACUCCAGGAAACUUGCUGCAAAGGACUUCGUGCUUUCGAGCAACGUUAAGAUGAUUUGACAGCCUGUAACUUGUGCAUACGCUACCUCUUACUUGAGAGGUUUCUUUUAAAAACAAAAAUUGGCAGCUGUCCUUUUUUUUGGAGGACAUGCAACUCGGACCCAGUGACCUAGUUUAAUUUUUUUCUUUUUUCUUUCUUUUUUUGCAACCAACCCACUUAGAAAUGUCCGGGUUUGAAGCCGAGCCCCAGUAAUGAAGGAUGAGAUGAUGUGGUUUCUAAGCCUCCCUUUUUUGACUUAGUUGGAUGUGUUUUUGAAUGUCCCAUGCUUGCCAAGGUGAAACAGGGGACUGUUUGAGAUGUAGUUUUGCAUUUUCAAAACUUACCUUCUUGGGAAACAAUAUUUAUAGGGUUCAAAGGCCAUUUUCCGUCCUAAUUUAAAUUCUGUGUACCCUGUCUGAAAACUUUGGGCUCUCCCUCCCUGACGUUCUAAAAUUAAGGGGCUUUUAUGCUCUAUUUUCAUUUCAGUGAUGUGGCCCGUCUAACUUGAAGCUAAGAAAAUAAUCUUGUGUACGCUACCAACUGAUACUAUCUUGUGUCAGCUUUUUUCCCCCUACCAAAAGUAGCUCUGGUUGAAAGUUGUGUGGUGUGUUGUUGUUUUCUAGGUGAAGUUCUACCUACGACACUCUGAGGAACCGCCAUAAAACUUCCACACGCGGGACUCUUCUGCUGUUUGGGAAAACUGCAUCUUUCUGCCAAAUUGUAAUGUCUAACAUGUUUAACGUCUGUGCAAACUGUGUCUUGGAGAGGGUUCUCUGCAUGUUACUGUCGUUCCCAGUUCAAUGGUUCUUUGUAGUGUGCAACAGGUAGAAAUUGUUGUAAAAGACUCUGGAAAGCAAUGAUUGCAUCAGAGGCAUUUAUUUUUUAAGUUGAAAAGCCAAGACUUGUCCUAGGAAGGAGCUAGGAGACCUCUCAGCAAUUUGGUUCUGUUGUAUAUAGUUUCAGUGGAAAACCAGUGUUAUUAAUCUCAUGUCUCCGCACCGUCACUUUUAAAACCUGUCAGGGGAACACUGUAAACUUGGAAAUGGGCAGUUCUGAAUUUUCCAGUUGGUAACGUAAAAUACAGACUUCAGUGGAUAUCCAAGCUUAUUGUGUUCUGCUGUUAAUGAGAGAAGACAGACAAGGCCUGUACUUCCGGAUGGUACUAUAGACUUAACUCGAAAGUCUUACUGUUUUUAGCCCGAAGUUUACUUUUGAAUUGAAGUUCUUGCAGUGCCUGGUUGUCCUUGGUGUGUUUGGUUAGCUCUACACGGUGCGCUUCUGCUAGGCCAAGGUGAGGUUAAUCCGCUCCUUUACUGGUCCAUUUUUACCCCACAUGCCUGCUGUCGCAGGUGACGGAAAGCAGGAGUAGAACAGGGGACCUCUUCAGUUUGAACUUGCUUCAGUGUGGAAACAAAGUUUCCGUCAGAAGUGCUGGCUGACUUACUACCUCAGUUUAUAAUCUACCUGGUCAUUACUUCUAUCCGGUCUGCUCUAAGAAUUGCCUCCAGGGAUAACAUACGUCCUCAUACACGAACACACGAGAGUACACCACCGUCAGAGCCGGUCCCAUGGUGAUGGAGCCCUUACCCCAUGGGCGUGGCGCGCCUCCACUUCGGGUGAUCGUAGGGGUGGCGCUUGCAGAGUCCUGCCGGAGUGGCCACAGGCCAGUUUCAGGCACCUGCUGUCCGGUGGAAAGAACUCAUCAUUUUCCUUGAAUGAGGCUUUUUGAAAACACGUAGGCAUUCUUUAAAACCAGCCUGCAGCCUACUGGUUAUUUCACAGGCUCUGUCUGAAAUCUUGCAUCUCUUGCUUGUAUGAAGAGAAUGGCAUGGCUUGACAUGUACUGGGUUUUGGAACCUUGUUCCCUGGGGAUUCCAACCUGCCUACCAAAUGAGUAAAAGCUUGGGGAAGAAUUCUCCCACUUAGCACCUUCCUUUAGAAGAAGUGGUCACAGUGAUGAACAGGACAGAAGGGGUUAUUUUUAAGUUGGACCGAAGGCAAAAACAAUUCUUGUCAUUCCAUCCCAAUCCUAGUCGUUAGAACAAAGUUAAACCCGGAAGCUGUCACGGAACGUUGCGCACAUUUAAAGUCUCGCAAUGGUGCUUUAAGUAUCAAUGUAGCAUGUGUAAGGCUUUGUACGGACAGGUAAACUUUCCUUUUCCGAGUGUUUGAAAUGUGAUAACAGCACCUCUUUGUCUUUAACUUGAAAUCAAACCUGUCAGAUUUUAUUUUUUUAUAAUUUAAGGAAAGUAACUUUAGGGGACUAGGAGACUCUAAAUCGGCUUCUGCAGAUCCAGUGAUUUAAAUGUAACCAGUUUGUGGGGAUUUUAUAGCUAAAAUUAUAUUUGUGUAUAUAACUUUAACUAAUCUGUAAAUUGUAAUAAAUAUAUUUGCAAUUAUUAAAUGUUACACGAUAUUUUGGUUCAAGUUUA